UCGUGACGGUCGGACGUUGAGAUACGUCGCGCGCGCAUUCUCACCAGAAUUACGUACAUCGUAAAAUUGACGAAAUACAGAUGGAUUUCAGUGUUACGUUUACCAGUAUGAAGUUUUAGCCUACAAAUGGGUUAUUUUAUGGAGUUUGGUGUGUGAUCAAAAUGUUUUAUUGUGACGGAAUUGUGUGAAAUAAGAUUUAUUUGUGGUGUGGUCUGUGUUUGACUUGACGGUUAAAGAAUUCUGGGAUAUUUUCGUGUCCGUUUUAAUCAGAAACUCAAACCGACUUCAGUGAAUACAAGUGCUAGUGAUGUGCCACUCCAAAGUGUUUCAUAUCGAUAGAUACCGGUAGUCGAUGACAAUAUCGAUAGAUACCGGCAGUUGAUGACGAUGUCGCUGUCGAGGGGUCACGUGAUCUCCGGGGUGCUGUUCAGCAUACUCCUGCAGUACUGCGUGGAAAGCCAGCAGGAGAAUCUCAUUGAGGAAGCAGCAUCAAUCGAGUCUCUCCAUGCGCCUACGGGAGGCGGUGUGGAGCUGCCCUGUGACGUCACACCGGCCCUGGCCGAGGAUCGCAUGGGUCUUGUCAUCUGGUACAAGCAAGGGCAUGAGUCGCCUAUUUAUACACUGGAUACUCGAGAAGGCGUGACGUCCCACUGGGCUGAUGCUACCCUGGGAGUCAGGGCUACCUUCAGGAGCGACACCAGGCCCGCUGUGCUGGUCCUCACUAAGUUAAGGCCUGAAGACAGCGGUCAAUAUCGAUGUCGGGUCGACUUCAUAAAGUCGCCGACAAAGAACACGCGACUUAACCUCACAGUGCUAAUACCACCAGAGCGGCUGAUAGUCCUGAAUCAUGAGGGCAACGAGAUCCGAGGAGGUGUUCUUGGACCUUAUGAUGAGGGUACGGAAGUCAACCUGACCUGCAUUGCUGUUGGAGGUCGACCCAUAGCCCGUGUUUCCUGGUGGAAAUCGCACGCCUUGCUGGCCAACUCAGAGGCAAGGGCCACCGUCUCUUUCAGGCUACAGAGAUCAGACUUCGGAACUGAUGUUACUUGUCAGGCUGUCACCGAUCCCCUGAUAGCUCCAGUUUCCGAAAACAUAUCGAUUGACGUCAAUUUACGACCACUAUGGGUGCGUCUCCAAGGUGGCAAGAGGCCGCUGGUGGCUGGACAGAGCACCGAGCUGGUCUGCCAGGCUGUGGGAGCCAGGCCUAAGCCGACCAUAUCCUGGUGGAAGGGAGGCACCAGGUUGAAGACUGUUAGAGAGACUACCUCAACGGAUGGCAACGUCACCAGCAGUAUCCUGACCUUCGUGCCCACAAUAGAGGAUGCUGGCCGGGUGCUAUCCUGCAGAGCCGUGCAGCCGAGUCUACCACAUUCCACUCAUGAGGAUGGGUGGAAGAUGGAGAUACAACAUCUGCCGGUAGCAAAACUGGAGUUGGGUGCUAAUCUGGACGCCAGCAAAGUGGUUGAGGGUUCCGACGUGUACCUGGACUGCAGAGUGCGAGCAAACCCGUGGCAUAAUCAUGUGUAUUUUACACAUAAUGGUGUGGUAGUAAAACCAGGUCCCGGAGUACUCCUGGCGAACCAGAGCCUGGUGCUGCAACGGGUGUCCAGGAAGGCAGCUGGUGCAUACGUCUGUUCAGCCAGGAACAGCCUAGGAGAAGGUUCCUCUGAAAGCCUCGUCUUGGAUGUCAAAUUUGUGCCAACCUGCAAAUCUUCUCAGCCAGUGGUGGUGAGAGCUGCAAGAGGAGAGGUCAUUGACAUCGACUGCGACCUGGACGCCAAUCCUAAGGAGCCGAUGUCUUACCACUGGUGGUUUAACAGCUCAGCUCACAGCAGACACGAGCUCACGACUACGUCCAUGACCACCAUGCCUAAUUUACCAGGCACAUACAUAUACAUGGUGAACACAUCAUCAGACUACGGGUGGGUGCAAUGUUCAGGAUCCAACUCCGUGGGACGUCAGACGAAGCCGUGCCUCUUUCAUAUAUUGCCUGCUGAUAAACCAUCUACCCCCAAAGCGUGUGAGAUCACCAACGUGACUUACGACUCUUUGACUCUAAACUGCACUCCAGGACACGAUGGGGGAAUACAUCAGUCUUUCUUAUUAGAGAUAUUCGACAUGGCGACGGGCCAGUUACUCCGCAACGUCAGCAGUGACGACCCAGAGUUUGAAGUAGCUGGGUUAUCAGCCAGUAACUCCUUAGCCGUGUCAGUUAGGGCAUUCAAUAGAAAGGGCUUCAGUGAGGCCCUGACUUUGACGUCCAGUUUGCUGAAGUACCCUCAGAGGCAUACAGUGUUUCCCACAGCGCAAGUGCCGGUCAAGGUGGAACUGACAACCGUGCUGAUCAUAGUGCUGGGAGCAGUUGGAGUCAUCGCUGCCAUGACUGCAGUGUCAGCUGUGGUUUUCUGCUGCAAGUACUGCAACAAACGGGAGAGAAAACACGAAAAAGACAAAAGGCAACAGGACGAAACGUCCAAUAUCCCUCUAACUGGCACUAAGGAAUCGGAGAGUGUAGACAGUUUAGAUAAAAAUCCUGACAUAAUACCUUUAGAUGGAAAAAUAAGCGACAGCUGCUCAAAUAAGUCUUCAACUACAGACUACAGUUCAAUUAGACCUUUGAUAUCAAAAACUACGGAUAAAUACGAUAUGACGACGAAUUGCGAACGAUUUUAUGACCAUAACAUCGAUCCUUGUAACCAGUACAUACAAGUUAGACCAAUGGACUACAGAAGACCAACGUAUGCGCCAACAUUGCAGAUGCCAAAUCUUGGUCCAAGUAUACAGAGUUUGGGACCAAUGAGCAGCUUGCAUAUGGCCAAUGUUGGGCCAAAUGAUUGUCAUAGACAGCCGUAUGAUAAGGUGUAUGAAGAUUGGUUGAAGUAUAAGAAUGCAUUGCCGUUGAAUACUAGUGGUUUGCUACCCGCGGAACAACUGUUGCCCCCAGAACUAUACGCAACACCGCCCCCUCCAUCUCUCUACAGCAACCCCAACAGGAACCCAUUGAACCUGACGCAAAUGCCUGAACUCGAACCCAGGUACCACCUGGAACCAAGGUCCCUGGUCAUGGACUCUAGAAGUUGUAACAACUCCCCCCCAGUGAGAUUCAAUACUGAGAAUAAUAGCGUGUAUUUCAAUAAAAGCGUCCUGGAUAGGACUUCGACGUUGCCACAUUUGAAACCUAGUAGGAUAAAUGGAAAUUCACCGACACAAAUGCCUAGUGAGCCAAAAUGUGUGACAAUAUCUACCGACACCACUCUAGAACAUACUAAAGUAAGCAAGGAAUGCGACUGAGACAAAAAAUAUUAAAAGGACAAUGCACUUUGGGUGCUGCCAACGUGAUCCAUGGAGAACAAAAUGACUAGCGGAGAUGUCAUACCGCAAUAUCUCUUAAGAAAGUAGCGCGACAACAUGCGGGUGUGCAGGGGACGAGGAACGUUACUAACUUCGUCCUCAUACGCCUUCCCAAGAAUCCACUCAUUAUUUUCAAAAAAUCACCAAUCGAUUAAGACCAAUCUUUGACAGAUUGCUUUUGAUUUGAGAAGGAACGUACUGCACGUUACUUGACCUACAAGAAGGCGCCUGACCUACCUUCCUUAUGGUAUCUCCGCUGUCUUUCCUUCCUCCGUGGUUUAUUCAGACAAAGUGACCUACAAAAGUGGACUAGGUAAUAUGCCUCUAUGUGUACUUUUACAGGCAAAUGGCCUAGAUAGUUAGAACCGAGUUUAAGUGGUGUGAAAAAGUGUAAAGUGUACGAUUAAUGUGAUAAAAUUGCGUUAAAAAUCGGUGUGAAAAUUUGGACCCGUCCGUUGUGAUUUUUUUUCAUUUUUUUUUUCAUUUUGUGUGUGAUUUUUGUAUUUUUUUAAAACUUCCAAUUGAAUUAUAUGAAUGUUUCCCUAAUUUUAUUCGACACGAUCAAUUUAUUUUAUUUGUUUUGUAUAAUUUUGUCUUUUAAAACACUGAUUAUUUGUCAAAUGAAUGUGAAUUGUUUUCGUUUUUUAUUGAAUUGAUUAUGAUAUUUAGAAUGAACGAUAUAAAUGUCAAUUUUGAUAGAACGAAAUAAUAGUUUGUAAAAUAGUUUUGCAUCUUACUCAAGGUGUAUAAGACUGAAUUUGUGUAAAAUUACACACAGUUUAGGUAAAAUAAUUGUUUUAUUACAUUAUUGUAAUUAAUUAUUAAGAUUGACAACUGUUUAAUGAACGCAGAAUCUUUUUUUUUACAUUUUUGUUCAAAGUGACUUGUUUGCAAAACUAAAAAUUUGUUAAAAACUAAAAAUCAGUUAACAAGUUUUUAAUUAAAAAUUGACUAAAGGAGAAUAGGUAAAACAAAUAUAGAUAAUUACGUUGUGAAUGUAAAUAAUGUAAAUAUUAAGUAUGUUAUACGAAAAGUUGCCAUACUAGUUAAAUAGUUAUUACUAAAACAUGUAUCUUAAAAAUAAUGAUUACUGUCACAAAAUCGAGCUUUUAUGUUAAAAUAAUUUUGUUUUUAAAGGAAAAGAUAAAGGAAAGCGGGUGGUUUCCGAAAAAUAUACGAGUAUUAAGAUUGUAUUUACACUUGAAAAGUGGAAAUGUUGAAUAUCUUCGAAUUGUUGAUUUAAAAAUAUUUCGGAGUAUGGAAAGCUUGCUCGUAAAGGGAAAAGCGAUGUUAUUUCAAUGUAAAUUAUAUAUAAAUAAAAUAUUAUUAAUAUAAAUAUUUAAUGUGAUAUCACUUGCAUGAAUAAUUAUACCUCAGUUUACGAUGCGAUUUUAAUUGAAAACUUUUUAAUUUUGAAAAAAAUAAAAACAUUACAAUCUGGCCUAAAGUUAUAUUUAAAGUAGCAUUUUUAUAUUUUGGAUUUUAUAUUUCACAGAUAAUAAUCAUAGCUAAACAGUUUCGUUUAAAAUAAAAAAUAGAAAAAUAAUUUAUUAAUUAAUAAGUCACAAACAAAAAGUUUUUUUUUUAUAUUAAUUUUUAUAGUUCGUGAACUGAGUACUGAGAUUAAAAUACUUUAUUUUAAUAUAAUAAUUAAAAUAGUUUUUACAUAUUUAUUUUAAUUGUGUUUGAAACAGACCAAAAUUUAUUGCCGACAAGUUUAUAAUUAGCGUUAUUUUAAGUGUAAAAAAUAGUACCAUGACUUAGAUUUUUAUAGGUAUUUAAAUGUUACAGUCGCUAUUAAAUUUAUUUAGUUACCACACUCAACCUCUUUACGGUCAAUAGUCCUCAAUUCGCACGACUCGCGACAAAAAAAAUAUUUUUUGUGUAAAAAUAUCUUAACAAUGUUUAAGUUGACUGGACUUUAGAUAAAGCGUACUGCGUAAAAAAAAAUGUGUGUGAAUUGCCUACGACAGAUUUUGAAGGGUUUGAUUCGCCCACUAUACACACAUCACAUUAGUGCGAGUUGGAUAAACAAAAAAAAAAUAUCGUAGUAAGUACUAUCCCUGCAGUUACACGUUUUUACCUUAUUAUUUUACUUAAAUAAUUAACUAUAUGUAUACAAUAAAAAAAGAUUUUUUAAUUUCACGUAUAAAACACGUUUUUAUUUUUGUUAGCGACUGUACCAUUUGCUUUGAGCAUUUAAUUAUUAUUUUCCGUAAGAAUUACUUACUAACUAGCAUUUUGUAAAAACAAUCUUAAGUGAUUAUUUGUUUUUCUUAAUUUUGUGAUGUACAAUUAUUUGGAAAUAAUAAAUGUGAAUUUAUAAUAA